AUGACCUGGCCGACGUGCAAUUCCACGGACCAUAUUGCUACCAUCCACGAGGUUGAUCUUUGGGAUGGCGGCGUCACCUUCCAUACCCUAUGUGUUAUCCUUUGCGCCGUUCUCACCGUUGUCUCCUUCAUAUUGGCCUCCAUCAUCAUCUUCGGCCAUGCCACCCACUAUAGCCAGCCGGAUCAGCAGCGAUAUAUCAUUCGUAUCUUGUUUAUGAUCCCUAUAUAUUCCAUCACCUCCUUCCUGUGCGUAUACUUUUACAAGGAAUCGGUCUAUUACGAGCUUAUCGGGAACUGCUACGAACCAUUCGCCAUUGCCUCAUUCUUUACGCUGCUUUGCCAGUACAUCGCUCCCGACGUGCACUCGCAAAAAGAAUAUUUCCGGCAAAUCGAGCCCAACAAUUGGGUCUGGCCUAUUCCUUGGUUGCAAAGAUGCACCGGCGGCCAAAACGGACUAUGGCGGAAACCGCGCAGUGGCCUGACCUGGUUCAAUAUUGUCUGGAUUGGCGUCUUCCAAUAUUGUAUCAUUCGAGUUGUCAUGACGAUUAUUGCCGUCGCUGCUCAGGCCAACGAUCGCUAUUGUGAAGACUCGGACAAUCCUGAAUUUGCGCAUGUUUGGGUCCUUAUCAUCGAGUCCGUAGCCGUCACGAUCGCCAUGUACUGUCUUAUUCAGUUCUACAUGCAGAUCCAUAAAGACAUUGCGCAAUACAAGCCCUUCCUCAAGAUCCUGUGCAUCAAACUCGUGAUUUUCUUGUCAUUCUGGCAAUCUACGAUCAUUGACUUUCUCACGUCCUCUGGCGUCGUUAAAUCGUCCGCCAAAGUGACGCUUAAUGACUGGAAUAAUGCUCUGCCCAAUCUUCUUAUUUGUAUCGAAAUGUCCCUCUUCGCCAUUCUGCACUUUUGGGGCUUCCCUUGGAGACCCUACGUUGGCUCGCAGAAAAACUACGGAGGGUCUUUUGGCUGGAGAGCAAUUCUCGAUGCAGCCAAUCCUUGGGACCUUGUCAAAGCAACUGCGCGAGGCUUCCGCUGGCUGUUCGUUGGGCGCAAGUCGCGCACAUUAGACCCCAGCUACCGCAUGGCAAGACAAGGCUCGCAGGAGGGACCGUUCCGAGGGGCAACGUCUGAUCGGCCGUAUGGGAUUGAGAAAGGAGCAGAGUCGGCCAGCCUGGGCUUCCGAUGGAGUGAUAUCACUCCCAACGAUUCCCUUCAGUAUACCGAGUGCUUUACCUCCUUCCUCUGCGCACGACUCUCUGUGCCAUUGAAUUGGAAUGCCACUGACACGCAUGAUGGUCUUGCAUCCAACUCCCAGGUCGCGCUGGCCAUUAUCAAGCUUCCGGCUAAAGUGCCUGUGACUGAUCCGAGAUAUGGAGGGCCGAUUAUACUCAAUCCCGGAGGCCCGGGAGAGUCCGGAGUGUAUCAAGUGCUUACGGAUGGGCCGAGUCUCCAAACCGUAGUAGAUACGGAUGUUCUUCCUUCAACGGCAGAGCUUGAUUUGGAGCACGAUGGGAAAUACUUUGAUAUUUUAUCUUUCGAUCCACGAGGCGUGAACAAUACCACACCUCGCUUACGAUGCUUUCCCGACGCAUUUAACCAACAGGUUUGGCAGCUUCAAUCACCAGAUUACGGGCUACUGUGGCAUAGCGAAAGCAUCAUCGGACUCGAAUGGGGUAGAGCAUCUGCCCUAGGAGCUAGUUGUUCAGGCGCUGAGCGCGAAGGUGGCAUUUUGCCCUACCUAAACACUGCUCAGACAGCCCGAGACAUGGUUCGGAUCAUCGACAAAGAAGGGGAGUGGCGAGAGCAGCAGGCAAUCAAGCUCCUGGAGCAUGACGGGAUGACGGCGCAUGCAAAUACAGGCGAAACUCUGACCAGAGUAGCAUAUCAACCCAAUGAAGAGAAACUUCAAUACUGGGGGAUGAGCUACGGGACACUUCUAGGGGCCACCUUCGCAGCUCUGCAUCCAGACCGCGUGGGCCGAAUAAUUCUCGAUGGUGUCGUCGACCCCGCAGACCAUUACGCUGGAGAUUGGCUUACACAGCUCCAGGACUCGGACAAAAUCAUUUCCAAGUUCUGUGAAUAUUGUUUUGAGGCGGGUCCUUCAAAAUGUCCUCUCUAUACCGGCUCAUCGGCUGCGGAUAUCGAGCACCGCUUCACGAUGAUCAUGUAUGCGAUGAAAGAGAAUCCGAUUGCUGUAUCUCCUAUUUACUUGGAUGGCGCGAUUAGCACAGGUCCGGACAUGGUUACAUACGGUGACCUACAUCUACGUCUUUUGUCUGGAAUGUAUUUUCCCUUCACCAUGGCAGAGAACCUCUUCAGUUUGCUUUUGGAGGUCGAACAGAGGAACUCGUCAUCACCGGAAUUAGCGUCUUUGGUUUCCAGGAAACAAGCAAUCCUUACUCCAUCCGGUUGUCAACGAGACGAAUCAUCACCAGACCCUGACAUUCCAUAUGUGUCCGGGGUAGGUGCCUUCCAAGCAAUCUCGUGCAUGGAUAUUGGCGGCUCAAUGAAUCUGACCCGAAGAGAGUUCCGAAUGUACUGGACAGAGUUGCAUGGACAGAGCCAGUGGAUAGGCCCUAGUUGGGCACGCAAUAAGUUGUCCUGUGAAGGCUUCACCGCCAGACCAGCUUGGAAGCCAGACUUCUCAUUCCAUGUACAGGAGUGGGCGAACACAUCCCACCCAUUGCUGAUUAUCGGCAAUACCCAUGACACAGUUACGCCGUUGACAAAUGCACGUCGGGUCUCAACACUCUUUCCAGGAAGCGUAGUAUUGCAGCAAGACUCCCAGGGUCAUUGUUCACAUUCAAGCCCAUCUUUAUGUACAGGAAAACUCAUACGCCAGUAUUUCCAAACAGGCCUACUGCCGCAAGAAGGGACAGUAUGUCAACCUGAUACAUUGCCUUUCUUGGGCUGCGUAAAGGAUGAAGAGAGUCAAGCAGAAUGCAAUUUCACCGACAGUUCAGACGCCAGGUUGUGGGAAGCUCUAGUUGAGUUGGCGGAUCCUUUCAAGCUCAAACUGAAAUCGGAUGAUAAGCAGACAGUCUCUUGGAUACCUAAUAGUUACCCUUUUCGGCGAUUUAUGUGA